ACCAUAGACAAGAAUAUAGAUUUUCUUCGGACAUGGCCGCUGUAUCGGCAAUACAACACCUGCAAUGUUUUGUAUAUUCAUAUUCAUUUUUUAUAAUGAAUAAAGAGUUUUUUACUUAUAAGUAGUGAUUAGUGGAUCGUGUAUAGUGCUGUGAUAUUUGUAAUGGAUGCAGAGAACGAGAUCGAAAAAAAGAGAAUCCGUGAUGCAAUUCAGAUGAUAGAGACGAUUCAGUCGAUGAUCGACGUUUCAGCGGACAGGCUCGAGGGGUUGAGGACACAAUGCUCAACCAGCGCAGAGCUGACGCAGCAGGAAAUCCGGACCCUGGAGGGUAAACUUGUAAAGCAUUUUUCGAGACAACUUGUAAUAAAAGCUCAGUUUGUGGAAGAAAUUCAGAGAGAACUAGGACAUGUCCCUAGUCUGAGGCAGUGGCUGCGCGUUGUGGGGCUCAGUAUUGAUGCUAUAGAGGCUGUAUUAUCCCGAGUGUCAUCACUGGAAACCCUGCGCGAAAGAACGGAACAUGAACUGCGUGCGAUGCUGUGCGGAGCACGCGAUGAGGAGGUGCGACGACUGUGCAGAGCAAUGCAGAGGCUAAGAAGUUACACAGAGGCUUUAGCUCGUGGAGAUGGGGCUGUGGAGCUGCCGCUGUACUGGGACUCGUGGGAGCGACACGGACGUGGCUCGCCUCGCGCGAGGGACGAACGUAAUUCCAACCAUAAAAAAGGAGGAAAAUCUCCAACAACACCUAUAAACAAACGUAAGCAGAAUGUCCACCUGCCCGCCCCAGCUGCUCUCACCAAGUCCCGGUCGCACGAGUCACAGCUCUCUGUCAAGCCAGAUACAUCAGAUCUUAGUGACAACAGCCAGUCGUCCGCAGUUGGCACGAUGGAAGGCAGUCCGCCCGCCUCCCCGCGCGACCCCGACCCCGAUCCCCCGCACGGAUACUAUAAUACGAACGCCACGUCGUGCUCGCCGCGCACGCCGACGGUGAGCGGCUGCAUGGCGCACGACAUCGCGCACCGCUUCACCAAGACCUUCAACAUGAUCGCCACCUGCGACUAUUGCGACAAGCAGAUGCUCUUCGGAUCUGGACUCAAGUGCAAGGAGUGCAAGUUCAAGUGCCACCGAGAUUGUGAAAGUAAAGUUCCUCCAUCGUGCGGAUUGCCCCCAGAAUUUGUCACGGCCUUCAAAGAAAAAUUUCAUAAAGAUGUCAGAGGGGCGCAAAAAAAAAUCCCCGCGUCCCGCGGGUCGAGUAUAGUCGCUCUAAUGACGCGUGGUCGCGCGUGCGCAGGCGGCCUGUACCUGCCGGCGGCCGGCGCCGCGCGCGCCGCGCUGCUGCCGUCGCUCACGCCGCACCGCCGCCGCCCGCCGCCCGCGCCGCACCACGCCGCCGGGCCCGACUCGUCGUCCAACACGUCGUCGUGCAACAGCUCCACGCCGUCGUCGCCCGCGCUGGCCGCGCCCGCCACGCCGCAGCCGCACGCGCACGCCCCGCACAACGCGCACCACGCGCACCACCCGCACCACCAGCAGCACCAGCACGCCGCCAAGCAGCAGUUCCACUUCCCGGAAGUGAAACCGCCAGUGUCCAGUCCGAACCACUCGUCCCAUGUUCAGUCGCCUGCGCGGUCUAUGGCCGACCACAAAGAAGAGCUCACCUCCAGCAUCAAAAGCGAGGGCUCGGGUCGCGUGUCGCUGAGCGGGUCGGGCUCCACCGACAGCGGGCGGCACGACUCCGCGCACGACGCGCGCUGGCCGCGGCAGAACAGCCUGACGAUGAAGGAGUGGGACAUCCCGUACGACGAGCUGAAGCUGUUCGAGAAGAUCGGCACGGGUCGGUUCGGCACCGUGUACCGCGGCAGCUGGCACGGCGCGGUGGCCGUCAAGCUGCUGCACGUCAACGCGCUCAGCGACCACUCCGUGCCCCUCGACACCUUCAAGCACGAGGUGGCAACGUUCCGUAAAACUCGUCAUGAGAAUUUAGUGUUGUUCAUGGGCGCUUGUAUGAAGCCGCCGCGACUGGCGAUCGUGACGUCACUCUGCAAGGGCAUGACGCUGUACACGCACAUCCACCUGCGGAAGGACAAGUUCACCGCCAAUAAAAGCGUUAUUGUAGCGCAGCAAAUCUCACAGGGCAUGGGGUAUCUCCAUGCUAGAGGCAUCAUUCACAAGGACCUGAAGACGAAGAAUAUAUUUCUAGAAAAUGGGAAAGUGGUCAUCACCGACUUUGGACUCUUCAGUGUCACCAAAUUAUGCUUUGGCAACAAACGCAGCGCGCGCGGCGACAGCCUGGGCAUCCCGCCGGGCUGGCUGUGCUACCUCGCGCCCGAGCUGGUGCGCGCGCUGCGCCCGCACGCCUCGCUGCACCUGCCCUUCUCCAAGACCACCGACGUCUACGCCUUCGGAACCGUAUGGUACGAGUUGCUCUGCGGGGAGUACCCGUUCAAGGGACAACCACCGGAGGCCAUCAUCUGGCAGGUCGGCAAGGGCGUGAAGCAAUCGCUAGCUAAUAUGCAAGCGUCCAGAGACAUUAAGGACAUUCUAAUGCUGUGCUGGUCCUACCGAUCUACCGAGCGGCCAGACUUUCCGCACUUACUGUCAACGCUAGAAAAGCUCCCCCGAAAGCGACUGGCGCGCUCUCCCUCGCACCCUGUACACUUGUCUCGCUCUGCGGACUCAGUAUUCUGAGAAAGGCUAGUCGGCGCACUGUGCGUGCGGCCUUAAAAUGAUCUGUUGCCUCUUAAAUAGCGCCUUCUCGCUCACACAUGAUUCAUCCGUCUCGUUCAUAUUUUGUUACGAGACACCGAUGACAUAACGAGUUCGCACCUACAAGAGAAGCCACACGCUCUCCAAUACUCCGAGUCGACUAAUUUGCGGAGUUUUGUGAUUAUUUUUCUUACUAAAGCGUUUUAAAAUUAAUACCUCAUACAUCUAUCCAUAAAAUAUUGCAAUGUGCAUUAUACAAUAUCAUUAUAAGUCCAAUAUUAUCGAUACUAUGAAUUAUAUUACGAAAGAGCAUAAAGUCCGAUAUUGUUAUCUCAUUCUAACAACAAAAAACCGUCUCGAUCGAAUUUCAUAUAAAUAAGUCACUAAAUCAAUUUGUAAUAUAAUAAAACAAAGUAUUUCUUAACAGCAGGGGCUCAAGUAAGUAAACGACAGUUCUAAUUGAGUCGAGAUUUAAAAUGCGGUCAAUAACAUAUGGUUUAUUUAAUUUAAUAAAAGUUUGGAUUGAUGCAAUUCUAAAUUAUAGUUUAUAUUACGAUCUUUCUACUGUAAAUUAUAUGUUAUCUGUUUUAUAAUUUUUAAAAAUCGGAAUACUCUGUUGUUUACAAUAUCUGGUGAUAAAAAAUCUCAUAAGGCAGAACGAAUCAUUCAAAUGAUGUCGUGAUCGAUGAAAAAUGAAAUGUCACUUGAUGAAAGUAAUUUUAACUAUAUAAUUAUCGCACCGAUUAAUAUCAAAACAACUGCCUUAUAUAGACUAAAGCAAACGUGUAAUUUGAUGAACUAGUUUUUUAAAUUCUUAUUAAUUAUGGUUAUAUAUCGAAGGACAAUCAGUGUUGCCAUGAUCAUGGUAACUCGUGGUAACACUCGCAUUCGUAAUUAAAAUUUGAUGAUUUUAUAAAUCCUAGUUAAAUUAGUGAAUUGAAAUAAUUAAACGAUAAUAUUACUAAAUAUUUUUGUCUGCAGAUAAGCGAUGUAUUAAUGCCGAUGUAUAUAUUUAUACUUUGUCGAAGACUUGGUAUUCGAUACAUGUGAUGAAUAAAGAGAACCGCUUUAAAACUACUGUAGAAUAUAGAGACAAAACUACGUCUACACUUGGCAGCUUUACAUUCUACUAUAUAUCCAUAGAGUUCGUCAAUAUUAUGAAUAUUUAAAACAUUAAAAUCACCAAAUUGUUAUACUGUUACUGUUAGUGCAAAUGGUCUCGUGCAUUUUAAAACUGCAGAAAGACUCGCGUUACGUUUUUAGUAAUGAAUUUAAUGCUAAUAUCAGUGUUACUAUAUUUUUUCCUCCAUGUAAUUUUGAAGUAGAAAAAUGUAUGUUAGCACUACUAAUCUAUAUAUUAUGUAUAAGUCAAUGAUCUGAUAAAUAUGAUAUGAACGCACACCCUGAACAUUCAUGGACUUAAAAUUUAUACGAUUAUAGAUAGUUCCGUUACAUAAUGUUGAGGUGUCCUUAAUUAAGAAAACAUUUUGCAAUUUUUAUAUUUGAAGGGGAAUAUGAUCUAGAGGGAAUUUAAAAGGUUUAAUGCCAACAUGUAAGGAUUCAAGCAAUCCAAAUUAAGUUAUUCUUAUUAGUACACUAAGAAAAAUAAAUGGUAAUACGUUUAUGGGAUAAGAUUAAUGUAUUGCUUGGAAAACGUCCUAAUAUAUUUAUUUUAAUUUUGCAAAAAAACUAAUACUAAUUAAUUUUUUAUGCUCUUCUGUAAAUUGCAUAUUUUUACAAAUGGCUCUUUGCACUAACGGCAGUAAUAUGUUUUAAUGUUUAUAUAUUUAAAAUAUAUAUAUACUAAUGUUUUAUUUAAAAUACAUUUGAAACAGUUAAUUUUGGUGAACCGAGUAUAGACCAUAAGAUUAACGGCAUAAAAAUAACUUUGUAUAUAUAUAUUGUUGUAUGUAUAUUUAUAUUAUUAUUAUUAAUGAUAAUAAUUUACUUUUUAUUAUUAUAACAAUUAUCAUUACUUUGGCAUACAAUUUAUAUUUGAAAGACAUCUUCAAAGACUUGAAAAAGAUAAACUAGAACAUUCUUAAAGGCUCCGUUGAACAUGGCAUUAAUAAAUGUUUCUCUGCCAGUCCUAUAAUAUGAUAAAAAAGUAUAUAAUCUUCAUAUAUUGUUAUUUACUUUUCCAAAUAUUUCUUAUUAUAACAAAGCGCCUUUAAAAUAAUAUAUCCUAAAGCUCAAGUGUGAAGGUAGCCAUGAAGUAUUGAUCUCUUGAUUUAACGAUAGAUUAUAUUUUCGUAUUUAAACGUGAAAGUUGACUGUUUAUUAAAAAAAAAAAAACUGUAAAUAUUGUAUAGUGUUACUGGUUUUGAUGUAGUGACUGCGUAUCAGAAUCGACUUUUAAC